UCUAAUUUCUUGCUCAGGCCUAAGGCUUUACUUCCAAUCUUCCAGUUUGGGGUUCCUGGACUGGACAGGGCACAAGCCCUGCUUCCUUUUCCAAAACCCUCUCUCCUAAUCCUCUCUUGAGUCAUCAUGUCUACCAGCAACUAUAGCUUCAAGAACCGGUGUGUAUCUAUCCUGUGCUGCAAAUUCUGUAAGCAAGUGCUCAGCUCUAGGGGAAUGAAGGCUGUCUUGCUGGCAGACACUGAGAUAGAUCUUUAUUCUACAGACAUUCCUCCAACCAAUGCUGUGGACUUCAUUGGAACCUGUUAUUUUACUGAAAUCUGCCAGUGCAAACUGAAGGACAUUGCCUGUUUAAAAUGUGGGAACAUUGUAGGUUACCAUGUGAUCGUUCCAUGCAAACCCUGCCUUCUUUCCUGCAACAAUGGGCAUUUCUGGAUGUUUCAUAGUCAAGCAGUUUUUGGUAUCAACCGGUUAGACUCCACUGGUGUAAAUCUGCUACUUUGGGGCAACUUGCCAGAAGCAGAAGAAAGUACAGAUGAAGACACAUUAGACAUUUUCGAGGAGGAAUGUAUCAGAUGAAUGGAAACAGUGAUGUGUAUAUUGUAUUAGAAAUCGUUUUCUUAUUUAAAAAAAGAAACAAACCCAAAACAUAUAUUAAUGAAUGGACUUUAAAACUGUAAAUAAACAGACCAAAGGAUUUAUAGACAGUUUUUUUUUUCAGAAAAGAUUAUAUACUCAUUGAUUUACUCAACAGCUACCUUAGUUUGAUUUGUUUCUGCAGAUUUUUUCAUAUGCAUUCUUAGAUUCCUGUAGGAGUUAAUUCUCUAUCUCUUUCAAGUGUCAUUGUGCUCUCUCAUCUCCUAAUCUAAGGAGAUUUUGAUGCCAAAUAAUUUUAAUUUUAAAUUGCUAGGACAAGUACAGUGGUACUGAAAGAUAUUCCAAGUCUUAACAGGUGAUAAUAAAGCACGCUGUCAGGUUUUCAUAGGUAUUAACUGUCACAUUUUCUUCUAGUGAAGAAUCUCUCUGCUCCAGAGCAAGACUUCUUAUGUUCAUAAGUAAAUGAAAACUUGCUCCAUGUGGCAACAUUCUCAGGAGGAAAAAUCUUGAUGCCUUGCAAAGAAAUUCAGUUAACUGGGUUUGUUUAAGGGGUUUCAAUACCUCCUGUUUUCAAAUGUUGUAUAUCUGCUUCAUCAGAAGCCAUUACAAAUCCUGGUUUAUGAUUGCUUCUGUCCACUUCUUUCCCCUUCCCUUGCCAUCCUCUCUAAAUGGUCAAUUUCAGUAUCUAGGUGGAUAAUUUUACUCUUCAAGUCACACAAAGAAGGGAAAACUAAGAAGUGAUUUGCCUGUCCCUUAAUAAAUUGCACAUGUUUAGAGUCACACAGAACUAAAAAGUAACGAAACUUUUGGAUUUUUGUUGUAAGUAAAGUUAAUGUUUGUCAUACCUUUGUAAAUAUCUCCUUGGGAAGCUUUAAAAUGUUUUAUUGUUGCCUUUUGUUAUUUUGUCACAGUCAUUUUCAGGUAUCCACCCUUCCAUGAACCAGUGAGCCCCUCAUUGUAACAAAGAAAAAGAGUUAAGCAACACAACUUAGACACUGUGUCAGACAGUAUGUAACAUAUUCAUAAUCCCUCUCCCUUUCUCUCUACUGAAAGAAGGGUGUUGCCCUUCUUCUCUUCUUUGGAGCCAAGAUUUGUCAUUACAGUUACUCAGGAUUCACCUUCAUGUUAAUGUUCUUUCCCUUUUAUUGUUUACAUUAUUGUACAUUUAGUGUCAUUUACCUUAUUGUAUUUAUUAUGUAUAUUGUUUUCUUCUGCUUACUUCAGUCUGCAUCAGGUCAUACAAGUUUGGCACGGGAGACACUUUGGCAAUUGAAAUUCCAAGACAGACUGAAUUACGGAUUUGCAAAUAAAUACUGUUCUAUUGUUGUAUGCUAACAUCCUUUUUUUUAAAAAGGAACAAAAACUUGUCCUUUCUCCUGGAGCUGCACAAAUAAUAGAAUGCAAGAGGUAGUAUUCUUAACUAUCUAUCCAGCACACAUUGGAACUUAUCCUGGAUGAGGACAUGUGACUUCAAUUCUCAAUU